AUGUUCCUCCAACGCACAGCCUUCGCCCUCGCACGGCGCACUCCCGUCAGGGCCGUUGCUGCCCGCCCUUUCUCCUCCUCCGUCAUCCGCUCCAACAAGGCGAAGUAUGGCGUUGAGAAGGAUGGCAAGAUCCUUUCUUUCGAAGAGAUCAAGACCGAGGAGGACCUUGUCCCCCCCGGUGCUAAGUCCGGUACCGUUCCCUCCGACAUCGAGCAGGCCACUGGUCUCGAACGUCUGGAACUUGUCGGAAAGAUGCAGGGCAUUGAUAUCUUCGACAUGAGGCCCCUCGAUGCCUCCCGGAAGGGAACUCUCGAGAACCCCAUCAUCGUCAACGGUGCCGGUGACGAGCAGUAUGCUGGUUGCACUGGUUUCCCCGCUGACUCCCACACCGUCAACUGGCUGACCGUCUCUCGUGACCGCCCCAUCGAGCGCUGCGGCGAGUGCGGCAACGUCGUCAAGCUGAACUACAUCGGACCCUUGGAGGAUGCCCAUGACCACGAUCACGGCCACGGCCACGGCCACCCCGCUCCCGAGGAGCCCAAGACUUUCGCCGACUACGUCAAGCCUGAGUACUGGUACCGGUAA